UCCUGAUGUGUUGCAGAUGGGAGGGGUCGGCCUACAUUCAUGUUUGAAGGAAAUGGCACCACGCGCUGUAGCAGAGCUCGUUAAACUGUGGAGCAGGUCAGAGGUGUGAAGAUGAGCUGGCUGCUGUUGUUACUCUGGGCGACUGUGCUGCACCUGGAGUCCACACAAGGAGUCGAAACUCGGCUGAAGCUGAACGGGGGGGAAGGUCCGUGCCAGGGCUACAUCCAGGUCUUUCGCAAUGGGGUCUGGGGGUUCGUAGGCGACCAGGACUGGACCGACGCUAACGAACAGGUGGUCUGUCGGAGCACCGGUUGCGGAGCGCGAGUCGCGCCAGACGCCGGAGACGCGCGCUCCGUGAUGCACCCCAGCCCGGGUGAUGUUACCUGGAUGAACGAGGUGACGUGUUCUGGAACCGAGGAACACCUCUGGCUUUGCAAUUUCCCCGGGUGGAACGUCAGCGUAUACAACAAGGACACCGUUCGCAUGAUUUAUUGCACAGAGAAGAUCUCGCUGAGCCUGAGCGAGGGUGAGGGCGCGUGCGCUGGGAGCUUGCUCUUCAACAGCUCCUCCGGGCCUGGCUUCCUCUGCGCUGACAUGUCGGUGUCAGAUGUUGCAGCGAAGCUUGUAUGUGGGGCUCUGGGCUGCGGUGAGAAGGAGAAGAUCCUCCAGCUCAGGGCCCCGCCUACCGGCUCUGCCCCCAGGAAGCCCUUCUCCCUGGGCUCGUGUUCGGGCGACGAGCAGCACCUCUGGCAGUGUGGGGUCAGGCAGGACACCAGAUGCACAAAGCCUUUAUUCAUCAUCUGCUCAGGCCACACCAAGCUGAGUAUCAGUGGGAACAACAUGUGCUCCGGCCCCCUGCUGGUGGAGGAUGGAAGCACGUGGACGCCGGUGUGCCAGAGCUCGUUCAGUCUGAACAACACGACACCCGACAGCAUGUGCCGCCAGAUGAGGUGUGGCUCCUCCGGGCGUCUGGAGCCAGCCCAGUGUAACAGCUCCACCCCCCUCACCCUCACCUGCUCAGACAACGUCCAGCUGGUGCUGAUGCACAACAGGAAGCCAUCUGGCUGUUUCGGCUCGGUGCAUAUGAACCGCUCGGGGGUGUUGGAGGGGGUGUGUAGCGACGGCUGGGACACGAACGACGGUGCGGUGGUCUGCAGAGAGCUGGGCUGCGGGCCGGUGAUCUACCCUGGGAAGGGCAGCGUCACCCAGGGUAGCAGCAUCACCCAGGCUGGAAGGUUCAACAUGGUGGAGUGUGAGGAUAAGGACCAGCACCUCUUGCACUGUCUGUCCAGGUAUGAGCAGAGGAGCAUCUCCUGUAAGGAAGCUCGCGUGGUGUGCACAGACAGUGUGAAGGUGCGCUUGGUGGACGGGCCAGGGCGGUGCGCGGGCCGGGUGGAGCUCCUGUACGACGGCUCCUGGUGGAGGGUGAGCGAGGAAGGCUGGACGAACAUGAACUCCCGCAGCGUGUGUGGGGCUCUGGGGUGUGGGAAGACGCAGGGGACCAGCGACCGUUUCUCCAAGGGGACAGGCGAGGUGUUCCCACACAAGCUGGAAUGUUCCCCUCAAUCUGAACUGUCAAACUGCAGCAUCAAGAUCAACAACCUCAGACGUCCAGAGAACCCACAGACCAAGAUGAAGAUGCUGACUUGUGAUGACCAUGCACUGCUGUAUCUGUCAGGGGGGUCUAGCUGCUCAGGUGUGGUGCAGGUGCAGAACGCUGGCCACACCUACUUCCUGUCUGGGUCCCACUCCACCUGGCACCAGGACUCGGCCAAUGUGGUGUGCAGACACCUGGGCUGCGGAGCCAGAGUGUCUUUCACCACCGUCAACGCCACUGACCCCCAGCGCAUGCGCUCCUACAACUGCUCCUCCAGGGAGGACUCUCUAUUUGACUGCCCAAUGACUGAGGGGCAGACUGAGGGAGCCAAUCAGAGCGAGGUAGCUUUCGUCACGUGUUCAGGAUCCCGGAGCGUGCGCCUGCAGGGGGAGUGCUGGGGGCAGGUGGAGGUGUGUGGAGACGGGGUCUGUGGGGCCCUGUCCCAGGAGGGCUUGACGGACGGCCAGGCCGCGAGGCUGUGCGAGGACCUGGGGUGUGGAGACCCCCUGCCCCUGACAGGCCCGGAGGGGCAGAAGGUGGUCGUGGCCUUCCUCAGCCUGCACCAAGCCCAGCCCAGCCUGCCUCUGGAACAGGCCAGCAUGGUGCGCUGCAAGGGGGAGCUGUGCACCAGGCUGGCCGCACACGUGUUCUGCUCAGGCAGCAUCAAGGCCCAACUAGUAGAUCCCAGAGACCACUGCUCAGGGAAUGUGGAGAUGUUCUACCAUGACAAGACCAGGCUGGUCUGCCAGGAGGCCCUCCAGACGGCUGAAGCCAAGGAUGCCAUCUGCAGGGAGCUGGGCUGUGGCACGGCCCUCAGUCCGCUCCGGUACUUUGGCUCACCGCACCUCAAGGACUCCCGAGUGAGAACGCUCUGCCCAGCGGGGAGCAGAAGGGACUGCUCUGUGUCUUUGGAUCAGUCCUGCUCUCCUGCAGGCCUGCGGUGCUCUGAGUGGAGGAGGAUGGUGCUGAAACUGCCGGACGUUCCGGGGGUGAAGUGCGAGGGCUUGGUGUUUGUGUACAGAGAGCGUGGCUGUGCCCCUGUCCCCUCCGAGGGCUGGACCUCCACAGAGGGCCGCGUGCUCUGUCACAACCUGGGCUGUGGGGACUACGAGUCCCACGAGUCCAGAAACAGCAGCAGAACUUCCUGGUGGGACCGUAGCUACCGCUGUGGCAACGGCAGCAACGGCAGCAACAUCUGGGAGUGUGAACACAACAAGACCACGACCAGCAGGAAGCAGCUCUACUUACGCUGCCAUGACAGCUACCCGGCCUCCACCCUCCACCUGGCCCUCCCCCCGGCCCUCAACCUGGCCCUCCCCCACGCCCUCCCCACGCCCUCCCCCCGUCAGAGGAACUGCUAUGGGCAGCUGUUCCUGGGUGACUUGGGGGUGUGUGACGCUGGCUGGAGCCGCAAUGAGUCUCAGAUAGCCUGCCAGGGCUGCAGCAAUGCCAUCAACAUCAAGUCCACAGCCACGAGAGGAGGAGGAGCAGUAAAGGGGGUCCAUGUCAGCUGUCUGGGCUCUGAGGAGCAUCUGGGACAGUGUAAGACCAUCAAGGAGAGCUGCAGCACAGGGCUGGUGUCUGUGGCCUGUGUAGCCGGGGUGGAAGUCAACGUGUCCAGGAAGUGUGGCGGGCGUGUCCUGGUGCGUUACCGUGGCACCUGGGAGCCUGUGUGCUCCCUGCGGGACCAGACGAAGGAAGCAAACCUCCUGUGUGCUAAGCUGGGCUGCUCCUCCUCUAACUACGUUAACACAAAGCCGGCUCUGGGCCCAGCUCCGGAGACCGCCCUCCGCUGCGAGGAGAAACACAAAGACAUCAAGUACUGCAUCCAGCAGGAGAGCUGCAAGGGAAGCUCUGCCGACGCUUACGUCUACUGCCAAGGUUACCAGGAAGAACCCCAGCCCUCAGGACUCCCCGUGUCCCUGGUGGUGGGGCUGUUCCUGGGGGCGCUGGCCCUGGUCACACUGGGCCUCUUCUGCUUCUUCCUCCGGAAACGCUUGGUCUACAGCGUCAAACUUCAAUUUUCAGGAAGGUCCGUAAGAAAACAGUCGUCUUUUGAGAGUGGAGAUUACGAGGAGCCAAACCUCAACCAGAUGGACACGCUGACUGGCCUGGGAGUGAACGGUCGCAGAGCCUCUGACUCCUCCCAGUCCUACGAUGACAUCGCUGGGGAGGAUGACGAUGCCGCCAAGACCCUCACCGUCGGCGGACCGGCCGUAACCAGGGACGACCCCAGCCAUGUGAACCUGUUUGCAGAGCCGGCUUCCUUCGAGGUACAGCUGGAGGACUCCCAGGGUAGCUAUGACGACGUCAGCUCCAUCCCCUUGGCAAUCAUAGAGGAGGCAGUCCUGGUCCAUGAGAUCCCCGACAUCCCGCAACAUCACCAAGACGAUGAGCCAGGACAGACAAACGGUCGCCAUGGUGACGUAGAAGCAGAGGAGGAUGAGGAAGGUUACCUACAGCCAGACCAGCAGGUGUAGAGAGAGGCUGGGGUGUUCAGAUUUAUACACACUCCUUUUAGACUGCAGGUGUGUAGAUUAACACGUCUUGAACAAACUAUGCAUUGGGCUUGAUAUACACAAGGUUGUAUUUUUAUUAUAAUUAUCAUAGCCUAUAUAUUUAAUAUUAAUAAAUACACAUCUUCAACAAACUAUGCAUUUGGCUUGAUAUACACAAGGUUAGAUUGAAAUUAUUAAUAUAUGUAAUAAUACGAUUAUUGCUUUAAUAUUUUGAUUGAUAUUUUUAAAUAGAGAUAAAUAAUAAUAUUUUUUUUACUAAACAUGUUAUUAGGAGUAUGGCACUUCCUAACUUUUUCUGUGUCUCUCUAAGCCCAUUGUGUUUUUCUUUUACAUUUACGAAUUCUUUAGUUAGCAAACGCUUGUACCCAAAGCGAGUCACAGGCAGCAACUGUAACCAUGUCUGGUAGUUUUUGUCAUGCUUGCAUAACGAAACAACAUGACGUGACAACCACGUCGGUCUGUAAGACAACAAGCUCCAAACUGUGAAACGAAUCCAUGAGUUUAAAUUCACCGCACAUCACUGGAGCAGCUACGUGAUGCGUAUCGGCCCUAUCGUCUGCGGAACACACGCAUUUCUGGAACAUGACCUCGCGAAAAGGAAGUUCCCGCCAGACAGGAAACAUGAUUUAUUAGCUGUUGUUUGGCGGCUUCACGGCCACAGCUGUCACGCAGUCGUUACCAUCACAGCAACGCAUGUUUCUCAUUGUCCUUUUUUAGUAUGGCUUUUACAAUGUAUGACAUUCAUUAGAUUUGCUUAGGUUUGAUAGAAUUAUUGUUAACAGUGUAGUAAUCUCGAUGGAUCUUUGCUGUAACUUCAUUCCAUUUAAAAUAGUUGAUGUCGUUUUUAAAUGUUUUUUACUCUUAGUUUUAAGGUUUUGAUUAUCCUCUUCAACUUAUCUGCAUGAUAAACUGUCUCAACGCAGAACAAACUGUUUUCCUAUUCAUUCUUAAUGCACAUUUUAAAAUAUGAGAUAAUGUUGUUACAUUUAUAUUGGACACGGUUUUAAACAUUAAAGCAGAAGCUUUAAUCCUUGUGUUGUCGUUGUAGUUUUAUUACAAAAGCUAGCAGGAUGGCAACUCGAGAAUAAGAGAUGAUGACAAGAUAACGACCAGAACGUGAUUCUGAGUUCGGUAGAUCUUGACCGUCACAUUCUGUCUGGGACGCUGGAAACUGCUCAGGUGUUGUGUAUUAAACUGUAUGUUUAUGAAACGCUAUAGUUUGAUACACAGCAUGAGAGGUGAUUUACCGCAAGGCCGUCUCUCCGGAGGAAUGUGCUGUAACAGAGCGACAGGAACGUCCAGCCGUUUAAAGCCCAGCUGUUGAACUAAACCACGUGCUGAAAUUCGAUCACGACCGCAGUCUUCAUUAAGACACUGAACGUUUGUAAACUACGUGUUGCUUUUCUCUCUUCGUGUGUGUGUGUAUGUGUAGCUGCCACUGACAGGCACUGACACCCAAGUCAGGCAAACUAACCCAACUGCUGUUCCCGCCACCAGCUCGUAUAGGGUUACGAGUGAGCGUGUGUUACAGUAUUUUAAUUAGGUUUUCGUAUGUACCGGACUACAGCAGACUCUCAGAGACGUAUUUCUCUCCCUAAUGACUGAGCAGCUGGCCAUGCGCUGACAUGAACAUGAGAACACACAGAGAGAGAGAGGGAGAGAAAGACUCUGUUUAAAAAGUCUCUAAAAGCUGACUACACUUUUUCACUCAAGUUAAAGUAAGGACGUAUGGGCUCUGACAUACGCUUAAUUAGGUCAAAAGUAGCCAUGACCUGUUUUUCGAAAAAUGUUUUUGGGAAAAUGUUUAAAAAUACAAAAGUGAGAGGAGGGGAGAAGGGAGAGGAGAACAGAGAAGCCUACAUCUGAGUAGAGUAAAGCAGAGCAGAGUACAGUAGAGUCCUCAUUAAGUACUUUUUCAAAAGUGUUUUCGUUUUU